CUGCGGAGGAAGCGAACAACAACUGAAACACCAUCGGUUGCAAGUUGGUAUUAGUAAGAGCAAAAUGGCAAUGGCGUUGCGCGUGGUUCUUAACAAAGCCGUGGGUCGUCAACUCAAAGGAGGCAAGUUAAGGUUUUUGGGUGCAAUCAGCAGUGGCUGCCAGCACUCCAUCGUCGGCCACAAUUCUUCACGCUCAAAUAACAAUAAUGAUACUCAUCUACCUUCCUCAAAUUGCUGGUGUCGUCACUACUAUUUUCUACCAUCUCCUCCCGCCGUAAGAGUUCUCGAUUUCCCGACUGUUGCUGGCGUUCGUCCUGUCGAAGAUGCCGAGACCGACGAUAGGGUCAGAAAAUUGGGUGAAUUUGCAGUCAAGGCUCGCAAUCAGGGCUCCGCCCUGGAUGGUGUUGAUGGUGGAGUGGAAAUUCAGUUUGUGAGGCCGGUGAGAGCAAGCUUUAAGCUUUCGAUGGGCCUUAUCUACUACAUAACGCUCGAGGCACUUCGUGGAAAAGCCGACAUGAAUGUCUACUAUGCGGAAGUUCUCGACUGCCCUGACCAAAAUCUGUUGAAAUUGAUCAAGUGGGAGCAGGUCAAUGAGUCAUUCUCCUACCCCUUCGAAGAAAUAAGGUAA